CCACGGUCCACCAGAGACUCUCCACAAAACGAAUGGCUUCCUUCCUUCGUCGCUUCGCCACCUCAGCAUCAGCAGCAAAAACACCCAUGUCUAACGUAUUCUUCGAUAUCGCGAUUGACUCGAAGCCCUCGGGCAGGAUAGUGUUCAAGCUCUAUGAUGAUGUAGUCCCGAGGACUGCGAAGAACUUCAGGGAAUUGGCGACUGGGCAGCACGGGUUUGGAUAUGCGGGAAGUGGCUUCCACCGUAUCAUUCCCAACUUCAUGCUCCAGGGUGGCGACUUCACGAACCAUAACGGCACGGGCGGAAAGUCGAUUUAUGGCGAGAAGUUCAAGGAUGAGAACUUUGUGUUGAAGCAUACCAAGCCCGGUCUCCUCUCUAUGGCCAACGCCGGAAAGAACACCAACGGCUCUCAAUUCUUCAUCACCACCGUCGUCACGUCCUGGCUAGACGGCAAGCACGUCGUGUUCGGUGAGGUCGUCGAGGGGUUGGAUAUCGUCAAGGCCGUCGAGGCCGUCGGGACCGACUCUGGAAGACCGAAGGCAAAGGUGACGAUCACGUCGUCGGGCACCGUCUAGGCGUCCACAGAUCGCCGGGUACCGUCUAGUUCGUCGGGUACCGUUGAGGUGAUGGGUACGACACCACCAAAACUAUAGUGUAUCAUAUUUUGUCACGAGCUUUUAAUUCGCACAACGUACAGCCUAAAGACUUGUUGAAACUCGAAUACAACAUAGACGGCGAAUGCGAGUGGAUUUUCGUGAUCCGGUGGCGAGUGGGGACGGCUGUCAAGCUUCAAGG